AUGGAACAUUCCUUUGAUAUACCCCGUGAACCUCAUCUAUCAAAUUCCAUUUUCAAAAAUCGACCAAUACCUCAUCCAAGAGCAAGAAAGACGCCAACGACGAAAAUAACUCAGACUACUGAUCAUAAUGAUGCUGUACCAUUCGACGACGCAAAUACCGUUGAAAACUCAAAUGAACAACCGCCAUCAAUCAAUAGAGAUAAUGAUGAUUAUCCUGUUACAUUCCGCCCAAGAAAUGCUUUUUCAUCCAAUAGAAUUAAUAAUUUAGCAUAUUUAUCACAAGGAAAUGAUAAUACAGAUUCCGUUUCAUUAGAUCCACCGAAUACAACUCUAUUCUAUAUUACAUCAUCAAUACCUGAUGACAAUUCAAUAACCACUUCAAAUUCUCCAUCCACUUCAAAUCGACCUUCAUUAUUGGAACAUGAUGAAAAGAAUUUAUUAGAUUCAGAAAUUAAUCAAAAAGAAAGUCAAGUAUUAUUACAAAAUAAAUCAAAUAUUUACCCUUCAUUAGAAUCAAUGUAUAAGAAACCCAGUUCAACUUCAAUUUUAAUUGAUGAUUUUGCUAAUAGAUCAAUGAAUAAUGAUGAAAAUUCAUGUGAAUUAGAUAGAACAACGGCAUAUCUUGAACAAGUUCGAGAAAAUUUAAGCAAUUGUCAAUGUGCGGAUUGUAAUUCUGAAUAUCCAACAAUUGCUAUUAUGUCAUGGCUUUUAGUAAUAUGUAAAAAUUGUGCUAAUGUUCAUCGGCUUUUGACAUCAGAUUUUCUUCGUCUUCAAUCAUUACUUACGACUGCAUGUGAUCCUUAUUUAAUUGAUUUACUUUGUGACUAUGGUAAUGAAUUUUCUAAUAGUUUAUUAGAAAAUGAAACUUCACAAUUUUCAAAACCUAAUGAUAAUUCAUCGGAAUUCGAACGUGAACAAUAUAUACGAAAAAAAUAUAUUGAAAAAAUCUAUCUUCGAUCAAAUCAAUCGAAUUAUUAUUAUACACAAUAUGAUUUAAAUAAAAUGUUAUAUGAAAAUGUUGAAACAACAGAUUGUGGGAAAACUUUACAUUUAAUUAUGUUAGGAGCAGAUCCAAAUUAUUCAGAAAAAAUGUUUCCUGUUGCAGAUCAUGCUAAACGACAUCAACAAAUUAAACAAUUGAAAAUUAUUUUAGCAAAUGGAGGUCAAUCGGAAUUUGAUUUAAUGAAGACAAAUUCAGAUGAAAAAAAUGAAACAAUUGCUUAUUUAUCUUCUAAACAUGGAGUACUUAAAGAAUUUCGAACAUAUUAUGAAAAUAAUCGUCUUAAAGUUUCUUCUCCAACAUCAAAUUCAGACAAAUCUCAACGAUAUUUAUUUGAAAUUGAUUUAAAUAAUAUUCUUGCUAUAUGUAAUCAAUCAGUAAAUGCUGUUUCAUUGAAAUGUCGUUUAACAAAUCCACCCGUAAUGAAUGUAAAUAGUCAAUGUAUAUUAAUUGUUGAUGAAGAAACAUCAACAAAUGAAUAUGUAUGGGUAUUUCCAAAUGAUUUUGAACGUUCUAUAUGGAUACAUGAAAUAAUUAAACGAGAAUAUUCUUAUCAUCAAUUAAUUUAUCCAAAUUUUAUUUUAUUAAUGAAAUUAAAUGUACAAGAAGGAAUGAAUGCUGAAAAACAACAAGUUAUAGCAAUUGUUUAUUCUGGACGUUUUGUUAUUUGUUCAGAUACAAUCUAUGAUGAAGUCGAUUUAAGAAAAUAUUCGAGUUUAACAUAUCAGAAAAGUAAAGAAUUCACAGGUGUUGUACUUUGUCUUAUUUCAAAUCGUUUUCUUUAUUUAUCAUCACCGAUUAUUAAAUUAACUGAUAUGUUAUAUUCAUGUCUUCGUGAAGCAAUUCAAGUUCGAACAUUAACAGAUUUAAAUAAACAAAUUUUAACAUCACAAAAUAUACCAGUUAUUGUUGAACGAUUUAUUAAUUUCAUUUUUGAACAUGGAUUACAAACAAAAGGUAUUUAUCGUCAAGCUGGUCAAGAAACAAAAGUUAAACAAUUAUUAAAUGAAUGUCUUGAAGAUCCAUAUAAUUCUUUAUUAACAUAUGAAAAUUAUACUGAACAUGAUGUUGCUAAUGCAUUAAAACGUUUUCUACGUCAUUUAGAUAUGCCCUUACUUGGUUCACGUCAAAAUUAUUAUGCAUGGUUACGAUCAAUAGUUGAUAAAACAAUUACACAUGAACAAUUAAUUCAAUAUUAUCGUGCUUUAAUUAAAGAUUUAAAACAACAUUUUCCAAUACAUUAUGCAACAUUGAGAGUAAUGAUAAUACAUAUACAUACAGUUGCUGCAUUAGCUGAUAGAAACGGAAUGACUUUAACAAAUCUUAUUUCAACAUUUGCACCAUGUCUUGUGUCACAAGGUAUUUCAGUACCAAUGGAUAAUAAGAAUAAUACAUAUGGCUAUCGUAAUAGAUCAUUAGAUGAUCUUAAUAGCAAAGAUACAAAUGAAGAUGAUACACAAGAAUCAUUUGAUCUUAAUAAUAGUCCAUUAGUAACUAAACUUAAAAGAAAUCAAUCAAUUCAAGCUCGUCGUCAAUCCAUUGCAACAAUUUCCAGCUUAUCACAAUUUCCAAUAUCAUCAGCUUAUCUUCAUGUUACACCUACAAUACAAGCUGAUCUUAAAAUAAUGAGUAAUCUUUGUAUAUAUUAUUGUGAAUUAUUUGAUAUAACUUAUGAAGAAAUUGAACAUGAAAAACAUUGUAUAGAAACAUUAAUAUCAAUAACAGAAAAUCAACCUAUACCACGUAUAUUAAAUGGUACAAUGAUAUCAGUUUAUUUUGAAUCUCGUGCUGAUGAAUUAAAUGGAUAUGCAAUGAAUAUUUGUGAAGAAGAAACAACAGCUGAUAUGAUUAUUGAUAAAUUAUUAAAACGUAUUAAUCAAAAUGAUUCGUUCUUUUGGGCUUUAUUUGAAGUAAUUAUUGAUCAAAAUCUUGAACGACCAAUGUAUGCAUGUGAAAAUAUAUCCGAAGUUUUAUAUCGUUAUAGAACAUAUUUAUCACAUCAAUUAAAUCGACAGGCAACAUUUGUUGUUAAACUUAAUUAUAUUCAAUUUGAAAAAGAACGUUUAGAACAACGAUCAUAUAUGUUUAAUAAUCAAUCAGUUCAAUGUGAAUAUUUUGAUAUUUCAAAUCAACGAUGGACACCAUGCGUUUGGAUAUCUGAAAAAGCAGUUCUGCAAAUUCAUCGAGUAUCAAAUAAUAGUACCAAUGAUAAAGUUGUUAAAUGGAAAUCGAGUCUUAAUCAACAAGAUUCCGAUCCAAGUAUAUUAUUUGACAAACAAACUUUAAUUAAAUCUUGGCCAAUUGAAAAUCUUUAUCUUUAUAUUGGUGCUGAUUGUCGUAUUGUUAAUCCAUUUGAUAUGAAUGAAUAUCGAGUAUUAACUAUUUUACCACCUGAAAUUAUUGAACAAAGCCAUAAUGAAUCACCAUAUGGUAUAUCAUUUCGUUUUGCUGAUCGUAAUCAAAUGUUUUCUUGGUAUUUGGAAUUAGUUCAUAUAAGUGGACAUGAUAAAUGGACUCGACGUGCAUCUCGUACGAUGCCAAAUGGUAUUAGUUAUUUACCAUUACAAAAUUAUCAUACAUCACCCUCAUCAUCACCACCAUCAGCAUUAUCAAGAAAAAAAUCUGAUCCGAUGAAAAAUAAAUUUAUCUCAAAAUCUCGUCAUAUUGCUUCCAAUUUAUGUAAACAAUUACGAAAAUAA